AUGAUUUCCACGGAAGACGCUGAACUUAGAAAGAGAGAUCCAUCUCCAGAGAUGGAAAACCGAUCUGUCACAUUAACACUAACGCAUGAAGACGUCAGAGCCUGUAAACUGCAACUUCCAAAUCAGUUCUUGAAGGAUAAUGGCAUCAACAAACUUGGGAAGAUGACUAUUUUGGGUGAAAACGGAAUGGAAUUGUCUGCGUUUCUGUUGUCUAGAGAUGGAACUGCUGCUUUGGAAGAUGGUUGGGAUGACUUUUGUGAAGCUAAUGGUGUCAAGUUAGGAGAUUCUUUCACUUUAGAGUUAGUUAAUCAACAAGACAACACAACUCCUGUGCUUAGGUUCUGUUCUCGGUAG